AUGAAGACUUUUUUCAUCUUCACUCUCUUGAGUCUACUAGCAGCUUAUUUUCCAGAAGUCAUUAUGAAAGAAGAUCACAAUUCAGAUGAAUACGUACAUGAUAAUUUUAAUGUUCCUUAUAUGGUGUAUCUGCAGUCCAGCCCAGAGCCUUGUGUCGGAACUCUCAUUGAUCCUCAGUGGGUGCUCACUGCUGCUCACUGUUCCUUACCAACUAAAAUCCGACUGGGAGUUUACCGACCCAACAUCAAAAAUGAGAAGGAACAGAUAUGUGGUUACUCAGUGACUGUAGUCCAUCCUAAUUUUGAUGCAAAAAUCCUGAAAAAUGACUUGAUGCUGAUAAAACUCUCAUAUCCUGCUACUAUCAAUAUGUAUGUGGGGACUAUAGCCAUAGCUAUGGAACCAAUGAUAUUUAAUGAAACCUGCUUCAUACCCACAUGGACCUGGAGUAACUACAAAAACUUUAGUGAUCCUGACAUCUUGACAUGGAUAAAUGAGUAUUCUCUUUCCCCAAGUGACUGCUGGAACGUUCUCCAUCGACAGAGAAAAGAAACAAGAAUGAACAUUAUGUGCAUAGGAAAUUCAUUCAAUACUAUAUCUGCAACUAAGGAAGUCUCGGCUGCUCCAGCCAUCUGCAAUGGGAGGUUGCAUGGAAUAUUGGCCUGGGGGAAAGCAGGUAUAACCAAGGGAAGCGGAGGCUUCUUCACUGCAAUUCAUCCCUACGGAAGAUGGAUCUUAAAAAUGAUGGAAUCAUACUGA